UGCUUGCUUUUUAAUGCUGCGCCCGAAGAUGAGGAGCGGGAAGGCCUCCUGUGCCCUGGAGACCGUCUGGGAGGACAAGCACAAGUAUGAGGAGGCCGAGCGGCGCUUCCAUGAGUGGGAGGCCACGCAGGCCGCCGCCUCUGCCCAGCAGCUCCUGACACAGGUGCCAGCCGUGAACGGGCCCGGUCAGGAGGACACCGAGGAGGCCAGCGAGGCAGGGGCCCCCGAUACCAGCAGCAGCAGCAGCAGCGAUCCCAGGAAGAGCCGUGACAGCAAGAAGCCCCUGCAGAAGAAGAGGAAGCGCUCCCCUAAGAGCUGGCUCGGCCAGGUGGACCUGGCCCUCAUGGGCCUCUCAGCCGAUCACGUGUGGCUGGACAAGCCACUCUUCGACCAGGCAGAAAGUUCCUACCGCCAGAGGCUGGCAGAUGUGGCCGCCCAGGCAGCCCAGCUGCCUGCCCUGGCCCCUUGGGGUCCCUGCACACAUGGGAACCAGGUGGCCUGUCACCACGUGACCUGGGGAGUCUGGGUCAACAAGUCUUCCUUUGACCAGGCCGAGCGAGCUUUUGUGGAGCGGUCUCAGAGCCUGCUGCUGACCGCAGAGGGGAGCUGCAGGCUGGGGGCUCCUGAUGCGGGCCAGCUGCUGGCCACUCCCAGCCUGGCCCUGGUUCACCAGCCCAGCCCACCAGCCAACGGCCAGCCUCCUCUGGGCACCCUACAGGCACUGGUCUGGGAGGUGUGGCUGGAGAAGCCCCGGUAUGAUGCUGCCGAGAGGGGCUUCUAUGAAGCCCUGUUUGAUGGCCAUCCUCCCAGGAAGGUGCGCCUACAGGAGCGAGCUGGCCAGGCAGAGGGCACCCGGCGGGGCCGCAGAGACCGGCGGGGCCGCAACCCCGUAGGAAGCAAGAGGGCCGGGCCACGGCGGGCUGAUGGGGAGGCCCCUUCCGCCUUGCCUUACUGGUACUUCCUGCACAAGGAUGCUGAGGCCCCCUGGCUCAGCAAGCCCUCCUAUGACAGCGCUGAGUGCCGCCACCAUGCUGCCGAGGCCCUGCGCAUGGCCUGGCGCCUUGAGGCCGCCUCCUUGGCUCACCGAACUGGGCCCCGCUCUGGCCCAUCCAUGUCCAGCCUGAGACCCAACAGAAAAAUGGCUACAAACUUUCUAGUGCAUGAGAAGAUCUGGUUUGACAAGUUCAAAUACGAUGAUGCAGAAAGGAAGUUCUAUGAGCAGAUGAAUGGGCCUGUGGCUGGUGCCUCCCGCCAGGAGAAUGGUGCCAGCGUGAUCCUCCGCGACAUUGCAAGAGCCAGAGAGAACAUCCAGAAAUCCCUGGCCGGACUCAAGGUGGUGCUGCCCGGCCCCCCUGAAGCCCUGAGCCAGGCUGCCCCUGGGACUAGCUCAGGCCCUGGGGCCUCUGGCGGGCCUGGUGGAGACCACAGCGAGCUGGCUGUACGCAUUGCCAGCCUGGAAGUAGAGAACCAGAACCUGCGAAGUGUGGUGCAGGACCUGCAGCAGGCCAUUGCUAGGCUGGAGGCCCGGCUGAGCAUGCUGGAGAAGAGCUCGCCCGCCCACCGAGCCACAGCCCCUCAAACCCAGCACGUGUCUCCCAUGCGCCAAGUGGAACCCCCAGCCAAGAAGGCUGCCACACCUGCAGAGGACGACGAGGACAAUGAUAUUGACCUGUUUGGCAGCGGUGAUGAGGAGGAGGACAAGGAGGCAGCUCGGCUGCGGGAGGAAAGGCUGCGGCAGUAUGCAGAGAAGAAGGCCAAGAAGCCCUUGCUGGUGGCCAAGUCUUCCAUCCUCCUGGAUGUCAAACCUUGGGAUGAUGAGACAGACAUGGCCCAGCUGGAGGCCUGUGUGCGCUCCAUCCAGCUGGAUGGGCUGCUCUGGGGUGGCUCUCAGCUGGUGCCUGUGGGCUAUGGCAUCCGCAAGCUGCGGAUCCAGUGUGUGGUGGAGGAUGACAAGGUGGGCACCGACCUGCUGGAGGAGCAGAUCACCAAGUUUGAGGAGCACGUGCAGAGUGUCGACAUUGCAGCUUUCAACAAGAUCUGAGCCAAGCACACAUUGUGUGAGGCCCUACAGAGAUUAAAGACUGAGACUUGGCA